UUAAAGGAGUUAAAUCCACCAAGUACUUUAUUGCUAGAAAGGAUGGAAGGAGAGGAGAAGGACAGAGGAACUUCCUCUUCCGGAAGGGAACACGAGGUUAGAGUGGAGUGCAGAGAAGCUCUCACUUUUCUUCCAAGGAUGGAAGCAUCAGCUGGGAGUCUUACAGACAAAGAAGACACCAGUAAAAGCACUCCCGACAACUGAGAAUAACAAACAACGUUAAAGAAGAAAGCAAAUCCAGCCAGAAAUUGAAAUAUUUUCCAUUUCCUUCAGAAAACCCCAGAGGCAAUCAAGAAGAAGAAACUGGAAAAAGUAGAAUAUGCAGAACUCAAGGAUACAUUACAGGACUAUUGCAGCAUCCCCAUGGUUUCGGUCAGAACUCCGGCCUGGUGAUACGCUAGAGGAUGCACACAAAAAAGAAAGCGUAAGUGUCCUGAUUGAAGGAAAUGUUUCAGUGGGAAUUCCAAGUUGGUGAUACACCAGAGGAUGUGCACAGGAGAGAAACCCUUUGAAUGUCCUGAUUGCGGGAAAUGUUUCAUUAAAAAAUUCCAGCUCAUGAGUCACCAGAGGACACAUACAGACAAACCAUUUGAAUGCCCUUUCUGUGGGAAAAGCUUUAGUCACAGUUGCCGCCUGGUGAUACACCAGAGGACUCACACAGGAGAGAAACCCUUUGAAUGUCCUGAUUGUGGGAAAUGUUUCAGUCAGAAUUCCCAGCUGACGAUACACCAGAGGAUUCACACGGGAGAGAAACCCUUUGAAUGUCCUGAUUGUGGAAAAUGUUUCAUUAGAAAACCCCAUCUUAUGAAUCACCAGAGGAUUCACACAGGAGAGAAACCAUUUGAAUGUGCUCUUUGUGCGAAAACUUUCCGUCAGAAUGCCCACCUGAUGACACACCAGAGAGCUCACACGGGAGAGAAACCGUUUGAAUGUCCUGAUUGUGAUAAACGUUUCACUAACAAUUCCAGCUUGAUAAUACACCAGAGGACUCACACAGGAGAGAAACCCUUUGAAUGUCCUGAUUGUGGGAAAUGUUUCAUUAGAAAACCCCAUCUUAUGAACCACCAGAGGACUCACACAGGAGAGAAACCAUUUGAAUGUGCUCUUUGUGGGAAAAGUUUCAGACUAAAUUCUCAACUGGUGAUUCACCAGAGGACUCACACAGGAGAGAAACCAUUUGAAUGUGCUAUUUGUGGGAAAAGUUUCAGUGAGAAUUCCAAGCUGGUGAUUCACCAGAGGACUCACACAGGAGAGAAACCAUUUAAAUGUGCUCUUUGUGGGAAAAGUUUCAGUCACAAUUCCAAUCUGGUGAAACACCGGAGGACUCAUAUUGGAGAGAAAUCAUAUCAGUGUACAUAUUGUGAGAAAAGUUUCAUUAAAAGAUUGCAGCUCAUGAGUCAUCAGAGGACACACACAGACAAACCCUUUGAAUGCUGUUUCUGUGGAAAAAGUUUUAGUCACAAUUGCCGCCUAGUGAUACACCAGAGAACUCAUACAGGAGAAAAACCCUUUGAAUGUCCUCAUUGUGGGAAAUGUUUCAGUGAGAAUUCCAAGCUAGUGAUACACCAGAAGACUCACACAGAAGACAAGCCCUUUCAGUGUCCUGAUUGUGGGAAAUGUUUCAUUACAAAACCGUAUCUUAUGACUCACCAGAGGACUCACACAGCAGAGAAACCCUUUGAAUGUGCUCUUUGUGGGAAAACUUUCCGACAGAAUUCCCACCUGUUGAUACACCAAAGGACUCACACAGGAGAGAAACCCUUUAAAUGUCCUGAUUGUGAAAAAUAUUUCAGUCACAAUUCCAGUCUAGUAAUACACCAGAGGACUCACACAGGAGAGAAACCAUUUGAAUGUCCUGUUUGUGGAAAAUGUUUCAUUAAAAAUUACUACCUAGUAAUACAUCGGAGGACUCACACAGGAGAGAAACCUUUUGAAUGUCCUGUUUGUGGAAAAAGUUUCAUUAAAAAUUACUACCUCGUGAUACACCAGAGGACUCACACAGGAGAGAAACCCUUUGAAUGCCCUGUUUGUGAAAAACGUUUUAGUCACAAUUCCAACUUGCAAAUACACAAGAGGACUCAUAUAGGACAGAAACUGUAUUAGUGUCCUAUUUGUGGCAAAUAUUUCAGUCACAAUUCCAAUAUGGUGAUACAGCAGAGGAUAUACACAGGAGAGAAACUCUUGGAUAUCCUGAUUGUGGGAAAUAUUUCCGUUUCAAUUCAAACCUGGUGAAACACCAGAGGAAUCACAUGGGGGAGACAUUUCAAAUGUCCACUCUGUGGAAGGUACUUUAGGCCUAAAUAACUUUUUAUUGCAUACAAGAAAAUUCACAUGAGGCAAAAAUUGAUGAGUUUGGAGAAGGCUUGAAUGUCCGCCAGAGGCACACAAUAUGCAUACAGGUUUAUUGCCCAUUUGUUGCCUGCAUCCUUCCGGCCUAGAUGUUUGAUGGUAGGAUGUUAGCAGGCAGCUAUCCAAAAUGGUGGACUUGCCAUCUAGUAUGCUAUAGGGGUGAAGGUGUUGCUGGACUAGGAAUGGGGACACUCAAGUUCCAAUCCCUCCUCAGCCAUGAAAGGGCCCUCAGUGUCAGCCCCACUUGAUAGACCAGUCCAAGAAAUCAACUCUACAGGAAGUAUCUAACACUUUUUUUAAUUGAGACUGAAUAAUAAUAAGAUCUUGCAAGUCUGGUUGUGUUGUGCCUCCCCUCCCCCACCAUUUCUUUUGCUCCUGUGAAUUAGGAAGGUAUUUAUCUGAGCCUGUUUGUAACAUGAUUUCUGUGGUGUACUUGAGAUAAGCUGCAUAUCUCCCAAGGCCAUCUUUUUACUCUCUGCCCGGUGUUGGGGAGGUGAGGCGGCGCUCUGGGCAUAUGACUGGGUAGUGGUGAAGGUGCUGAAUGAGCAGCAGGACGCUGAGUGUGUACCCCACUCAGCCUUGGAAGGUCCCUAGGGAGCUCCAUUCACUAGCGAACCUCUGAGUUGUUCCCGCUACAAUACAUCUGAGAUGUUUAAAGUAAGAAAACAUUCAUAGUAAGCUGAAUUGACCUUGAGUGGCCGCAGGGGGAAGAAUCAGGCAGGAAUUUCUGCACCUGUGGAUCAAGGUUUUUUAUAUUUCCUGACUACCUCAGAGAGGAUAUAGUUGCCAACGUGACAAAUAUAGCAGGGGUGAAAUGCUCCCGGUUCAGACCGGAUCACCUGAUUCGGUAGCGAUGGCAGUGGGUGCUUCAGAGAAACGGUAGCAAAAAUCCCUGCCCCCCCCCAUGCCCAGCUGAGCUGUGCGAUCAUCAGAGGCUUUUUUUUUUACUUUUAAAAGCAUUUUUUUCUACGAUCUCUUCGAUGCUUUUAAAAGGUUAAAAAAGCCUCCGAUGAUCCUAGCUGAGCAGCGCGAUCAUCAGAGGCUUUUUUUUUACUUUUGAAACCAAUGCUUUUAAAAGUAAAAAAAGAUUGCGCAACACAGCUAAUCACCCCCCUCCUCGUGCGCUGUUCUACUUACCGCAUGCCUCCUUCUGACAUGGACUGCAUGUGCGUACCUCGCAUUUGGUGCAUGGUGCACACUACGCAUGCGCAGCCAGCAAACCGGUAGUAAACCGGUUCAGAUUUCACCACUGAAAUAUAAUCACCCGGAUGGGAUGUUCAAAAAUUAUGCAACAAUUUAUAUGGUACCUGCUCAUUUCUUUAUCUGUCAACUGUCCCAUUAUGCUAGCCAACAAAAUAAAUUCCUGAGACUUUUUUUUUUCUCCAAGAGUAUAUGUUACUGAAAAGCCACAUCGGUACUGAAAUGGAAAAGCCAGUUCUAACAUUUUGUGUGUGAAAAUCAUAGAUAAAUAACUCUUUUCCCCUCUGGAUCUCCCAUUGCCCUUUGUACAUCAAUCAGUUGCACCUGAGUUGUUUUGAGAAUGAUUUGUCUGCCUUGGAUGUUUCCCAGAGCUUGGGGGUUUGGAACUGUCUCGGGUUUCCAGAUGGCACACUUGCAUUCCAGAUUUCCACUUCCAAACCACCCUCACAUUCAGUGCCUUCCCUCCCCCCUCCUGUUGUUGUCUGGUUGUGAGCAGGCUGCAAGUCAACCAUGACAUGCCAACCCUCCAGAAGGAUUAAUCCUACAAAGAGACAAACAGAAACAUUUUAUUUUAUUUAUUUAUUUAUUUAUUUUAUAUCAAAUUUAUAUACCGGCCUUCUUCCUAAGGACUCAGGGUGGUGUAAGCCAAAGUAAAAACAUAAACUAUAAACAUUAAAAUACAAUUAAAAAGAUAUAUAAAUAUUUGGCCCCAUAAUUAAAAGCAAUUAUUCCUACACUAAGCUUUAUACACAAACAUCUUAUUGGAUCCUAGGGCACACCACAAAGUGGGCUUGCUUAGGAAAUAAGUCUGUAUUGACCCAAAUCACUGUGUUUUUGGCACUCUCCGGCAGCUCCACAAUAAAGUCCAUACAUAUUUCCCUCCAGGUAGCCGUGAGUCUGGCCACCAUCUGUAACGGUGCUGAAGUGCACACAGAACAGCUGGCUACAUAGGCUUCUAUGACAGGAUAGUGGGGAAUGGAAGGAUUUAUAUUUCUUGCAGACAGCUGGUAAUAUGCAUCUGGUCAGAGCUGAAGAAGAUUCUUGGAUGAGAAGCAAAACAUCCAGUUGCUUCCUGAAAAAGCACCUUUGGGACAACCAUGACGUGGAUGACAGAGAAUCUCUAUAGACUUUUAGGCUUCUAUGUUCUUCAUUCAUGGUCAUCAAAACUGUCUCUUGAUGAAAAUAUAAUCCGGAAAAUAUUGGACUGUGCAGAGAUGGAUAGAUUGACAUUGAAAAUAAAAGAUAAAGGAGACGCAGAAUAUU